AUGUUAACCUAUUCUGACCUCGACGCGCUCAGCUUGAAGCGCACGGCCAAGGUCCGAUCCAAUUACAGCAGGUAUUACUGUUGGCUUGUCUCACUCGGCCUUACUGCUCGCCGUUUACUACCACCUCUCAACAAACAUUAUUCAGUGUCGACGGCUUCUUCCAUUAGUGGGAGCUGUGCCAGCAGUCAUGAUUCGAGUUCUAAAUCAUCAAGAGAAGUAAUGUCAACAAACAGCAUCAGUACCUCAUCCCUACGGUUGAAUUUACCGUCGACCAGUAGUCAUAGUCCAGUAUCAGACUUCGACGAAGCACUAUGUUUAUCAGCAGAUGAAGAUGAAGAAGCACACAAGGCUCGAGUUGAGAAUUUGUUAUGGGAAGCCCAAAUGAGUUUUGUGAACCACAAACUUCAGUUGGCCGUCGAUCGUUUCACCGUUGCAGCGAAACUGGGCUCCAGUGCAGCUUGCUUGAACCUAGCCAGUAUUUAUCUUGCCGAACUCGUUUCUCAAGCUGCACCGGCAAGUCCUAAAAGCCCAACGUUAAGCUCUCCUACCAAUUCCUUCUUCAAUCCAAUCUCCAAUAAUGGAGUUCAAGAAACCAUCCUAGCAGAUCAACUUCAACGUAUCGAUACUGGUGCUCGUUGGCUCAUCACUGGCUUACAAUAUCAACUUGAGCCUGUACCGAGUAGACGAAGGAGCUAUUAUUCUGAACGUCUACACUUGUCUCCAUCUCAACCUCCACCAAACUCUUGUAGUUCAUCCAAUUCUGCUACAAUAAAGUUGGAUCUUAAUUUAUCAUUGGAUCUUGUUUCACUUCUUGUCUCUCUCUAUUGUCAUGGCAAACUUAAACCACCCCUCGAAGCUGUUUCAGGCUCUAGGGUCGGUCAAUCUACUCUUUGGGAAGAUGGUGCCGCCAUCGCUCUUCGUCUACUCAAUCAUUCAAGUUUUUAUCCAACUUUCAUCGGUACUGAACAAUCAUCAACUUCUCCACCUACUUCCCCCUCUUCCGCCUCUCGCUCGGCCUCGCCUAAUCGCCCUCGAAGCCAGACCCUUCCUUCUAUCUCACAACCACAGCCUCGAUCGCUUAGCCAAGACACAAAACUUACCCGAACAAUCGUUAUCUUGCUCUCAUAUUUAUUAGCUCUCGCUCGUUGGCCAUUUGAAAAUCCCCAUCCAAGUCUCUCGCCAAUUCUAAUCGAUUCAACUUCAAAUUUUUCUCAUUGGGGUCAAGCUCAAGCUCGUCAAUUGUGGUUUGUGAUCAUCAGGGUUUCGGAAUUGCCGGGUGGAGUCGGUACCAAGGCUGCUGACGCAUUCGUCCAAAAAGCGUAUGAACGCUUAAACGCUCUUGAACGCCCUCGAGCACCGCCAGAAACUGUUCUACCCACCCGUCCGUCUUACCGACACAGCCGCAAUCAUUCUAUGUUACCAGUGAUGCCAACGAGUGUACCACCCGCUGUUGACAGUGAUUGGGCAAAACCAAUGGUUUCAAAACCUACCAAUUUUCGUCGAUCGUCUACUUCACCUGCACUUUGUCUUCCUCGGCUCACCACUGGCUUAGCUCGACCAAGUAGCGUGAUUAGUCUUCCUGCCCAACCGCUAGCCUCGACCACCAAGGUCACAGCACCUUCUUUUUUCCUUGGUCGUCGGCAUGGACAAAGUCGUAGCUCUAUCACCACCCCAGCGGUCCCAGCUAUCACAAUUGACUUUUAUUGCGCUUCGAGUACUUCCGAACAACCCGAAGCACCUUUGAAUUCAAUUGCCUCCUCAUCAGGUGGUUUGUCAAUUGAAGAAAGGCUUCAGAAUGUCCUUGUAGCAGAUGAACAAUCUCGUUUGUCAGGAUACUUUGAUUGGGGUAUAGAUGAAGAUUUGGAAGAAGAAGAGGAAGAUGAGGAUUGGGAGUAUGAUGAAGAGACGAACCCAAAAGCGAAAUAUAAGAAUGUGAAGGGUCGAGAUGAUGACGAGGAGAGCUCGUCGUUAGCGGUGGGGAUGGAUCCAGUCUUACAGGCUCUUGAGGCAGAUAGUCGGUUGAAUGUGGAGGCCAUGUGUGCAGUAUGUGGGGUGAUGGGGACCAACUGUCCAACUUGUCCUAAAUGUGGCCUCGUGUUCUGUAGUCGCGCUUGUCGCACAAUGGCCUCUACAACUGGACCACACGCCACAUGCGGGCAAAGUCGCAGAAACGCUUCGGUUUCUGAUUUAUCAUCGAUCUCAUCGAUUGGAAGAGAGUGA